AUGAAUAUCACGGAUAGAAGGCGUAUCCUCGGCCCUUCAAAUGCCAAACCCUUGGUUUUUGAGAGGCUCGAGAGCUCGGAACAAGCAGCGCAGCCACCACAAGAGAAAAACAAUGAAAACGAAUCAAUGUACAUCAAGAAUGGCCUGGUUUCUAACGCAAAUGGUUCAUCCUACUUAGAAUUGAAAAGGGGCGAAUCGAGUGAACAGUGCACAAUACUUUUGUCAUCCGUUUACGGUCCGAGGCCUUCUCGUGGGGCUUUUAGUUCCAAGGCUUCGUUGAGUGUACAGUUCAAAGAAGUUACUAUUGAGAAGAUUCCAUCUGGCGAGCUCAAAGAAAUCUGCAAUUUCUUGAGCAAUAUUUUCAGCGCAGUUAUUAACCUUGAGAGGUAUCCCAAAUCAGGAAUCGAUAUUUUUUUGAGCUUGAUAAAGAACCCCAUUACUUCAGAUGAAGCUAAUUUGGAGCCCAUAAUAGCAGCGUGCGUAAAUGGAAUAACGCUUGCUUUGGCCGAUGCCGGUAUUGAGAUUUUUGACACAGUCAGCGCAGGCACAUACAAAAGGAACGUGGUUGCGUUUAGCAAAAACGGUACAGAAGUUGUUGGUCUCUGGAAGGAUAAGGAAGACGACACAGCAAAUGACAUAUUGAGCGUUAUCGAAAACUGCAGAGGCAAUUAUCUUCAGAACCGUAAAGGAAUAAUUGAAUACCUAAUACGAAGCAAAAAUGCGGAUAUUUAG